AUGAACAGAAAAAUCUUUAGAAAACCGUACAGAUUUAGGUUUGGGUCAUGUAAACUCGAAUUCGCUGCUGAGCGCCAAUGGGAACAAAGCUUUUUGAGGGACAAAUGUAAGGAUUUGAAUUUGGAGGAAGAGUAUAAGAAGUAUCAGAUCCGUCUAAUGGUCAGUUACCUAACCGUUUUCAUCCUACUGUUUUUACUGGUGGUUACAUGCAACAAUCUAAUCUUAUACUAUGGCAUCGAGUAUUUCGAAAGUGCCUAUAUAGAUAUUAUUUGUGAUGUAACGACAUUUGCAUUGGUAGCUGGCAUAUUGGCCGUAAAUUUUGUUGAGUCCUUCGUAUUUCGUCACAGUUGGGUAAUGCUAUGCUCCUCAGUUUUGUCGGCAUAUAUUGUGGUAAUCUGCGAUAUUACGCAAAACAUGUAUCAUUAUUACCAUUCAAGUUGGCCUCUAAAUACCUCAUAUGAUGUUUUUGCUCUGUGCAUGAUCUAUAUGUUCCUGCCGAUACCUUCUAUCAAGGCAGCAGCCUUAUUAGCAUUCUCAGUCAGUGUUAUAUACAUUUUCUACUUUUUGCACUUUAUACCAUUUGGCCAAAAAGCCAUGGCAAGUCCUGUUCGCGGCUUGGAGUUAAUAACCGUCGAAGUAGUUCACUACCUGGGCUUCAACAUGAUGGGCAUUUUCUUCCGAAUAUUCAACGACACCAUCGUGCGCGCCUCCUUCCUGGACCGCUAUCAGUUCAUUAAGGAGGAGAUAUGGUUACGUCAUGCUCUGCGCCAGGAAUCGACGAUUUUGGACAGCAUUCUGCCACCUCAGAUUGCGAAGCCCAUCCAAACCAGCAUUAAGGAAAAGAUUAUGAAAUCGGACAGUGAUUAUGACACCUUCGACUUUGGUCGCCGGAAAAGAGAAAGCUUAGUGACUUUCCAGAUACAUCCCGAUGUCAGUAUUCUCUACGCCGAUGUAGUAAACUAUACCCACUUGACAACAACUCUGACGGUGGAAAACUUGGUGAAGGUUCUGCAUGACCUCUACGGCAGGUUCGAUAUGGCUGCGUCUUUUUUUAAGGUGCAGCGCAUUAAAUUUCUAGGCGACUGCUACUAUUGUGUAGCUGGUCUAGCAGGGGCUGACCCCGAUCACGCCAAAAUGGCCGUGUCCUUGGGCAUUUCCAUGAUAGCCAACAUUCAGGAGGUGCGGUUGCAACGUUCUUUGAACAUCGAUAUGCGCAUUGGAGUCCAUUCAGGAAGUUUGAUUUCAGGUGUCAUCGGAAAAGCCAAGUUGCAGUUUGAUAUUUGGGGUGCUGACGUGGAUAUUGCCAAUCGUCUGGAGGCGACCGGAAAACCGGGCUAUGUGCACGUCAGUGGGCGAACUUUAAGUCACUUAGACCCCAAAGACUACACGAUAUUUUCGGGCACAGAAAAGGCCAAAUUGGAUCCAGUUCUGCAAAAGAAUCCGAUGAGCACCUAUCUUCUAACAGCAGCACCAAACCGCGAUUCAUUCAAAUCCUUAAAAGAAUUCCGCUCCUAUGGUAGCAUGGAAUUUAAAACAUUGGAAACAGAACGAAGAACUCAGGUCGUCGCUGAUGGCUCAAUAUCCGAAGAGUUGCGUGAUGGGUUCGACAAGAUGCCAGUUGGGGGCAUUAAAUGUCGAUCAGCCUGCUGCCGCCGAGAUACGGAUACGAAUAAAGAGAAAUCCAAUCGCGAUUUGGGAAUUUUUUGUGUAGCAUUUAAGAACUCAUCACUGGAAUGGAACUAUCUCCAUCAACCAGACUAUCUCUUUAAGUACUCAAUCAUGCUGGCUUGGGGCGUUGGGUGUUGUCUGAUCUACGCUCAGACAGUGACCACCAAAAUUGCUUGUAAUGAAUGCAUUAUUAUUGAUCUGAUAGCGUUUGUAUUGCUUACUUCUAUGCUGUGUAUCGCGUGGUACAAGAAAGUCUGUUGGUGGCUAUAUGAUAAAUAUAGCCCCAGGAAGUAUGGAAAAUGCAGCUGUUUUAUAUUUUAUAUCUUUGAGAAGAUCCAGCACAGUUUUGUACUGCGCAUUGUUGUUUAUAUGACGGUUUUAGCUUGCUACUUCAUGGUGAUCUGUUUGAUAGUUGUGACCUGUGACCAAAGUCAGUUUCAGUUGGAUUGGAUUGAUAGUAAGCUCUUUCACUACGAACUGGAUAGGGAGACCUGUUUCCAUCCGUGGGUCUUCACGAACAUGAUGGCUCUAAUCCUUGCCACAAGCUACACUUUUGCGCGCAUUCCAUUCGCUCUAAAGACAAUUAUCGCCUGCCUUGAAGCUCUUGCUCACCUCUUGAUCGUAUACUUCCAAUACAGAUUUGUGUUCCAUCACAGCCUCACCACGACUCCCCAUCUGUCCGCGGAAUUCGCGCACUUCAUUCGAGUGAGCAUGAUGUUGAUCACUAUGUAUGCUAAGGAGCGUCAGUCAGAGUUCAACACAAAGAUGAACUACAAGCUCAAUGUGGACCUGCAAAACAAACAAAAGGCGGCCGAUGUCACGAACCAAUCAAUCAUAAUUCUGCUCAAUAACAUUCUUCCUUCUCAUGUUGUCGAUGUCUACCUUAGUUCAGUAGCGAAACACGAACUGUAUUGUGAAAAUUAUCGUAAGGUAUCAGUCAUGUUCGCCAUGAUUAUGAAUUUCCGAAUGGACAUAAAAAGCUUACGGGUAAUAAACGAUAUCAUAACCGAGUUCGAUAAGUUGUUGAUUGCGUACAGGGAAUAUUACGUUGUUGAGAAGAUCAAAGUCGUUGGCUGCACAUAUAUGGCAGCUUGUGGAUUGGAUAUUAAUCUGGCUUCAAAAAUUCGCGACAGCACGUUUGUAAGCAGUAGUUCGGCAUCAACCGAUUUGGAACGGUUUAGCAGUCUUCGAUAUUCAUCUGACAGAACUAACAACCGUGAUGAGGUGGCCUUUAUAAUGACUUCGUUCGCUUUAGACCUUAUGCGUGUCAUGUCUGCGUGCAACACGGCAUAUAAGACUAAGCCCUUCGAUCGGGCAUUAUCCAGUGGAGAGCUCUGCAUAGGCAUUUCCACCGGCGAGAUAAUGGCCGGCGUGGUUGGUGCUUCCCAGCCGCACUACGACAUCUGGGGUAAUCCCGUCAACAUGGCCUCCAGAAUGGAAUCGACGGGGCUGCCUGGACAUAUUCAGGUGACGGAGGAGUCCGCCAAAAUUUUAGAGGAGUUUGACAUUCAGUGCGACUACCGCGGCUUGACCUUUGUAAAGGGUCGUGGCGAAAUUCCCACCUACUUCGUGGGCAUCGAUAAGGACUUAAAGUUUAUUGCCAAGAACAGCCCUCAGUCCUCUGCACGGCAUUCGAUACACGCUUCAGAGAUAAUUCUGUACGGCAAAAAUUAUGAAGAAUAAUUGUUCGAAAAAAAUUCGUCGUAUUAUGAAAGUAGCUGAAAUGCAUAUUGUGGGCUACGUAGCUCAGGUAUUCCGAUCUUAUUUUGCUGUCUGGGAAAUCUGAGAUACGUAGCUUUUCGAAAUGAAUUUGAAUCUACUUAUCCCAUUUUUAUUUUGAAAUUAAAACGUUUUUACUAAUAA